CAGUAGAAGGAGAGGUGUGAUGGUAACAUCCCGGGUAGAUACUUUCGACCUAUUCAAGGACAGUCUCCAACCAGAGCAACAUGUCAGGUGAUGGAAAUAGUGAUAAUUUCUUUGACGGUCGCUGGAUACGGGAAGCCACUGACGGAGAGAAUUUUUAUGAGGAGAAUCACCUUGUUGGUCAUUUCUUGAUAUGCUAUCGACUCAGCCUGAAGAGCAAAUCCCCUCUCAAGGAGGAGCAAGUCAGACUUGCUCUCUGGUACCUGUACAGAAAAUGUCCAAGUCUCCAGUUUUGUUUUGGAAUGAAAGAUGGAAAAAGGUGGCUCCGAAGACCAACUAAUCCUGAAACUGACUUUAAGAUUCUUCAUGGCAAAGGAGUAAAGGAAGUACGAGAAUGUCUACAAGCAUAUCGUUAUAACUCAGAGACUGGACCUCUCUUUUGUGCUCGAUUACUUCUUGAUUCCCCAGAUCCAGCAUUAGAUACAGAUGACCCAGAACCACCCUCUUUCCACAGUUCUUACAUGUUAUUUGGGUUACAUCACAGCAUAGGCGAUGGUACAACUAACAUGUACAUUAUGAGGUACUUUAUCUUGCUGCUGAAUGAUGUCAUUUGUAAAAGAGCAAUUGACAAGGAUGAACCUCUGGGUGCAUUACAAGGAAAUGAAUAUACUGCGAUAGAUGUUGGUGAAAAGAAAGCCAUGCUGCAAAAUGACCCAGAAUUACGAGAGAGAUUUUCUCAGGAAUUCGAAGUUGUUGUAAGUCAUUCACCAUAUAUGAUCAGUGGGUUUUCAAAACCAAAUGAAAAAAGAAUGACUCAUAGUUUGGAAUACAUAGUUGAUUAAGAUAUAACAGCAAAGUUUUUUAAAAAGUGUCGUGAGGAAAAAGUUACCAUUAACUCUGGAUUUUCUGCGGUGGCAAAUGUUGCAUUAGUUGAUCUACUUCAGGAAAAUAAUAUAGUUCAUAAUUCCUAUAUAAUACAGAAUUUCCAU